AUGCUGGGCUGUGUGGUCUCUUGUGACUUGGAGGAUGCUCAUCGCUGGCUCACUGCAGGCACCUUACCUACUGAGUCAGGAGAACUUAAUGUGUCUGUUCUGGCCUGUACCUGGGAUCAGCGCAAGGACCAGAACAAUUACCCUUGUGGAGCCCUCGAUGGGCUCAUCCUGGGCAACAGAUGGCUGAUGUUAUCCAGUGUGGAUGGAGGCAUCAGCCUGGCGCUGGUGAUGGGGUCCUGCCCGCAGGCGACAGUGAGCCGGCUGUGUUCUGCCAAGCUUGCCAUCCUGGGAUGGCUGCUGGAGGACUCAGAGGACAAGAGCUCCGAAAGGGCAAGUAACUCGACAGUGCCCAUUACCUUUGUGGCCACCGAAGAUGUGGCAGGCAGGCUCCUCCCUCUCCACCUCCCCCACUCCGUGCUGGCCAGCGGCCACGCUGAGCUGGGCGAGCCCCGGGUGCCAGCCAGGGCCGGGCGAGCCCCGGGUGCCAGCCAGGGCCGGGCCCAGCCCAACCAGCCCUUGAAGGGUGCUCUGACGGACGGUCUGCUCUUGUCCUCAGGGAGCGUGGAAGGCCAGGGCCAGAUUCUGCAGCGCUUCCCAGAGAAGGACUGGGAGGACAACCCUUUCCCACAGGGCAUUGAGCUGUUCUGCCAGCCUAGUGGGUGGCAGUUAUGUCCUGAGAGGAAUCCACCAACCUUCUUUGUUGCUGUCCUCACUGAUAUCAACUCCGAGCGGCACUACUGCGCCUGCUUGACCUUCUGGGAGCCAGCAGAGCCUACGCAGGAAGCGGUGUGCACUGCAAAUGCUGUGGAGAGGGAGGAGGAGGCCGACGAGGGAGGCCAGGUGCGGUUGUCACCUACAGCCCCGGCCCCGCCUGGCCAGCUCUUUGCUCCUAAGACUCUAGUGCUGGUGUCACGGCUGGACCACACGGAAGUGUUCAGGAAUAGCCUCGGUCUCAUCUACGCCAUCCACGUGGAAGGCCUGAAUGUGUGCUUGGAGAACGUUAUCGGGAACCUGUUGACAUGCACUGUGCCCUUGGCUGGAGGCUCACAGAGAACCAUUUCAUUGGGUGCUGGUGACCGGCAAGUCAUCCAGACCCCCCUGGCAGACUCUCUGCCUGUCAGUCGCUGCAGUGUGGCCCUGCUCUUCCGCCAGCUAGGCAUCACCAACGUGCUGUCUUUAUUCUGUGCUGCCCUCACGGAACACAAAGUCCUUUUCCUGUCCCGGAGCUACCAACGGCUUGCAGAUGCUUGCAGGGGUCUUCUGGCACUGCUGUUCCCUCUCAGAUACAGCUUCACCUAUGUACCCAUCUUGCCGGCGCAGCUGCUGGAGGUCCUCAGCACACCCACACCCUUCAUCAUUGGAGUCAAUGCAGCCUUCCAGGCAGAGACCCAGGAGCUGCUGGAUGUGAUCAUUGCUGAUCUUGAUGGAGGGACGGUGACUGUCCCCGAGUGUGUGCACAUUCCACCCCUUCCGGAGCCGCUGCAGAGCCAGACCCACAGUGCUCUGAGCAUGGUCCUGGACCCAGAGCUGGAGUUGGCCGACCUUGCCUUCCCCCCUGCCACCACAUCGACUUCCUCCCUGAAGAUGCAGGACAAGGAGCUUCGUGCUGUUUUUCUUCGGCUCUUUGCUCAGCUGCUGCAGGGUUACCGGUGGUGCCUGCACAUUGUCCGCAUCCACCCAGAGCCGGUCAUUCGCUUCCACAAGGCCGCCUUCCUGGGCCAGCGCGGGCUGGUGGAGGAUGAUUUCCUGACGAAGGUACUGGAGGGCAUGGCCUUUGCAGGCUUUGUGUCAGAGCGCGGGGUCCCCUACCGCCCCACAGACCUGUUCGAUGAGCUGGUGGCCCACGAGGUGGCACGGAUGCGUGCAGAUGAGAACCACCCCCAGCGUGUUCUGCGUCACGUCCAGGAACUGGCAGAGCAGCUCUAUAAGAAUGAGAACCCAUACCCAGCGGUGGCGAUGCACAAGGUGCAAAGGCCAGGCGAGGCUAGUCACCUGCGACGGGCACCCCGGCCCUUCCCCCGUCUGGAUGAGGGUACUGUGCAGUGGAUUGUGGACCAAGCUGCAGCCAAGAUGCAGGGUGCACCCCCAGCUGUGAAGACGGAGAGGAAGACCACUGUGCCCUCUGGGCCUCCCAUGACGGCCAUACUAGAGCGGUGCAGCGGGCCACAUGUCAACAGCGCCCGCCGGCUGGAGGUGGUUCGGAACUGCAUCUCCUAUGUGUUUGAGGGGAAGAUGCUUGAGGCUAAGAAGCUGCUCCCCGCGGUGCUCAGGGCCCUGAAGGGGCGUGCCGCCCGCCGCUGCCUUGCCCAGGAGCUCCACCUGCACGUGCAGCAGAACCGAGCGGUCUUGGACCACCAGCAGUUCGACUUCGUCGUCCGCAUGAUGAACUGCUGCCUGCAGGACUGUACCUCUCUGGAUGAGCAUGGCAUCGCCGCUGCCCUGCUGCCCCUUGUCACGGCCUUCUGCCGGAAGCUGAGCCCAGGGGUGACACAGUUUGCAUAUAGCUGUGUGCAGGAGCACGUAGUAUGGAGUACACCCCAGUUCUGGGAAGCCAUGUUCUAUGGGGACGUGCAGACCCACAUCCGGGCCCUCUACCUGGAGAGCUCCGAGGGCUCAGUGAGCCCCUCCCAGGAGGUUGGUGAAGUGCAGUCUCAGGAGGACGAGCGCUCUGCCUUGGAUGUGGCUUCAGAGCAGCGGCGCCUGUGGCCAACUCUGAGCCGUGAGAAGCAACAGGAACUGGUGCAGAAGGAGGAGAGUACGGUGUUCAGUCAGGCCAUCCACUAUGCCAACCGCAUGAGCUACCUCUUGCUGCCUCUGGACAGCAGUAAAAGCCGCCUUCUUCGGGAACGCGCAGGGCUAGGCGACCUGGAGAGCGCCAGCAACAGCCUCGUCACCAACAGCAUGGCAGGUAGCAUGGCUGAGAGCUAUGAUACAGAAAGUGGUUUUGAAGACGCAGAAACCUGUGAUGUGGCUGGGACCGUGGUUCGUUUCAUCAACCGCUUUGUGGACAAGGUCUGCACAGAGAGUGGGGUCACCAGCGACCACCUCAAAGGGCUGCAUGUCAUGGUGCCAGACAUUGUCCAGAUGCACAUCGAGACCCUGGAGGCUGUGCACCGUGAGAGUAAGAGGUUGCCCCCUAUCCAGAAGCCCAAGCUGCUGCGGCCACGCCUGUUGCCUGGUGAGGAGUGUGUCUUGGAUGGACUGCGAGUCUACCUGCUGCCGGAUGGGCGUGAGGAGGGGGCCGGGGGCAGCGGCGGGGGGCCUGCGCUGCUGCCAGCCGAAGGCGCUGUGUUCCUCACCACAUACCGGGUCAUCUUCACGGGGAUGCCCACUGACCCCUUAGUGGGGGAGCAGGUGGUGGUCCGCUCCUUCCCCGUGGCUGCCCUGACCAAGGAGAAGCGCAUCAGUGUCCAGACCCCUGUAGACCAGCUUCUGCAGGACGGGCUGCAGCUGCGGUCCUGCACAUUCCAGCUGCUGAAAAUGGCCUUUGACGAGGAGGUGGGGUCUGAUAGUGCUGAGCUCUUCCGCAAGCAGCUGCACAAGCUUCGCUACCCACCAGAUAUCCGGGGCACCUUUGCGUUCACCCUGGGCUCCACCCAUGUACCUGGCCGGCCACCCCGGCCUGCCAAAGACAAAGGCCCUUCUCUCAGAACCUUGUCCCGGAACCUGGUAAAAAAUGCCAAGAAGACCAUUGGGCGGCAGUACGUUACCCGGAAGAAAUACAACCCCCCCAGCUGGGAGCACCGGGGCCAGCCACCCCCUGAGGACCAGGAGGAUGAGAUCUCAGUGUCUGAAGAACUGGACCCCAGCACGCUGACCCCAUCCUCGGCCUUGAAGCCCUCAGACCGUAUGACUAUGAGCAGCCUGGUGGAGCGGGCAUGUUGCCGUGACUACCAGCGCCUUGGAUUGGGCACCCUGAGCAGCAGCCUUAGCCGAGCCAAGUCCGAGCCCUUCCGCAUCUCCCCAGUCAACCGCAUGUACGCCAUCUGUCGCAGCUACCCGGGUUUGCUGAUCGUUCCCCAGAGCAUCCAGGACAACGCCCUGCAGCGCGUGUCCCGCUGCUAUCGCCAGAACCGCUUCCCUGUGGUCUGCUGGCGCAGCGGGCGCUCCAAGGCCGUGCUGCUGCGCUCCGGGGGCCUGCACGGCAAGGGCGUGGCGGGCCUCUUCAAGGCCCAGAGCGCGCCUUCUCCAGGCCAGUCCCAGGCAGACUCGGGCAGCUUGGAGCAGGAGAAGUACCUGCAGGCUGUGGUCAGCUCUAUGCCCCGCUAUGCUGAUUCAUCGGGACGAAACACACUCAGUGGCUUCUCCUCAGCUCACAUGAGUAGUCACGUGCCCAGUCCCAGAGCCAGGGUCACCACGCUGUCCACCCCCAUGGCGGCCUCGGCCUCCAGACGGACCGCGCCCCGAGGCAAGUGGGGCAGCGUCCGGGCCAGCGGCCACAGCGGUGGGCUUGGCGCUGACGUGGGCUCCCGGCUGGCUGGCAGAGAUGUCCUGAGUCCCCCACAGGCCAACGGGGCCCCCCCCGACCCUGGCUUCCUGCGGCCCCACCGUGCAGCCCUCUAUAUCAUUGGGGACAAAGCGCAGCUCAAGGGUGUGCGACCGGACCCCCUGCAGCAGUGGGAGCUGGUACCCAUUGAGGUGUUUGAGGUCAGGCAGGUGAAGGCCAGCUUCAAGAAGCUGCUGAAGGCCUGCGUCCCUGGCUGCCCUGCUGCGGAGCCCGGCCCCAUCUCCUUCCUGCGCUCACUGGAGGACUCCGAGUGGCUGACUCAGAUCCAUAAGCUGCUGCAGAUAUCGGUGCUGGUGGUGGAGCUUCUGGACUCAGGCUCCUCCGUCCUGGUGAGCCUUGAGGAUGGCUGGGACAUCACCACGCAGGUGGUGUCCUUGGUGCAGCUGCUCUCAGACCCCUUCUACCGCACCCUGGAGGGCUUCCGCCUGCUGGUGGAGAAGGAGUGGUUGUCCUUCGGCCACCGCUUCAGCCAUCGUGGGGCCCACACCCUGGCGGGCCAGAGCAGCGGCUUCACACCCGUGUUCCUGCAGUUCCUGGACUGUGUACACCAGGUCCAUCUACAGUUCCCCAUGGAGUUUGAGUUCAGCCAGUUCUACCUCAAGUUCCUCGGUUACCACCAUGCAUCCCGCCGUUUCCGGACCUUCCUGCUGGACUCUGACUACGAGCGCAUUGAGCUGGGGCUGCUCUACGAGGAGAAGGGUGAGCGCAGGGCCCAGCCGGCAUGCCGGUCUGUGUGGGAGUACGUGGACCGGCUGAGCAAGAGGACCCCCGUGUUCUAUAACUACACGUACGCUCCCGAGGACACCGAGGUCCUGCGGCCCUACAGCAACGUGUCAAACCUGAAGGUGUGGGAUUUCUACACGGAGGAGACGCUGGCCGAGGGCCCCCCCUACGACUGGGAGCUGGCGCAGGGGCCGCCUGAGCCCCCGGAGGAGGAGCGGCCCGACGGAGGCGCCCCCCAGAGCAGGAGGCGCGUGGUGUGGCCGUGCUGCGACAGCCGCCCGCGGGUUCAGCCAGACGCCAUCUCACGCCUGCUCGAGGAGCUUCAGCGGCUGGAAACAGAGCUAGGCCGACCUCCUGAGCGCUGGAAGGACACCUGGGACCGGGUGAAGGCUGCUCAGCGCCUUGAAGGCCGGCCAGAUGGACGUGGCGCUCCCAGCUCCCUACUGGUGUCCAGUGUGCCCCACCAUCGCCGCUCGCUGGGCGUGUACCUACAGGAGGGGCCUGUGGGCUCCACCCUGAGCCUCAGCUUGGACAGUGACCAGAGUAGUGGCUCCACCACAUCUAGCUCCCGUCAGGCUGCUCGCCGAAGCACCAGCACGCUGUAUAGCCAGUUCCAGACAGCAGAAAGUGAGAACAGGUCCUAUGAGGGCACCUUGUAUAAGAAGGGGGCCUUCAUGAAGCCCUGGAAGGCCCGCUGGUUUGUGCUUGACAAGACCAAGCACCAGCUGCGUUACUACGACCACCGGGUGGAUACCGAGUGCAAAGGUGUGAUUGACCUGGCAGAGGUGGAGGCCGUGGCUCCCGGUACCCCCACCAUGGGUGCCCCCAAGACUGUGGACGAGAAAGCCUUCUUCGAUGUAAAGACAACACGUCGAGUUUACAACUUCUGUGCCCAGGAUGUGCCCUCGGCCCAGCAGUGGGUGGACCGGAUCCAGAGCUGCUUGUCAGAUGCCUGACCCCCCCCAGCCUGCCCAGGCUGCUCUGCUUCCAGUCGCCACAGACCACUUGGGGUGGGCAGGGCCGCCCCGGCCAUGUUUACAGCCCCGGCCCUCGACAGUAUUGAGGCCCUGAGCCCCCAGCACUUGCGUGUAUAGCCCCUGCCCUGCCUGGCCAGCUCUAACUUAUUGUUGUCAUGGCUGAGCGCCAAGCUGGGAUGCGGCCAUGGUACAGCCCUGUGAUGGGCCUGUAAAUAGUUCGUCCUGCCCGUCGGUGUGCUAGCCCCGGCUGGCUGGCCGCGGUGAGCUGUUUCUAGAACCAGAAUCUAUAUAAAGAGAGAACUAACGACACCUCCUGUGUCUGCUCCACUUAAAUACCUAGCUCAGGCCUCCCGGCCCCAGCCCUGGGUCUGCCUCGUGUAUCUUUGAUGGUAUGAGAACAGCUUCGCUGCAGGGGGGAACUUCAUCAAGGUGUGCAGGUACAGGACCCCUGACCCUGCCCUGCCUCUCUUCCCAGUGUCGGGGAAGCUCCAGGUGAAGUAGGGGAGCUGUCUGGGCCUAGAGGCCAAUCCAGAAGGGGAAGGCAGUAGGGGCCAUGUGGGAUGAGAGUAAGUUCCCAGGGAGAAGAAGGUCCUCAAGGCAACUGAGAUGGUGAAAUGUGGCCAAACAGGGGGUGAUGCCUUAACACCUCCCUCCCCUCCCUUCCCUGGGGUCCCCAUAGAAGUCCCUGAGCAUCCCGUGUUCUGCUGCUGAGUUCCUCUCACGCUUUCCUUUUCCAUGGGCCAGCAAGUCCCACCUGGACCAGGGUUUUACCUGCUUGGCUGAGGCAAAAAUGGGCGGAGGGCAGAGGGGUAUGGGUGCUACUCUGAGGAUGUCUCAGAGUGACCACUGAUGCUGCGUGGCGCCCUGACCAAAGGGCUGGUGGCUUCGGGGCCAUCCUCGAGGUGGGUUGAAGUAGCACAACUGAAAACAGUGCCUGGGCCCCUUUCGGGGACUGUGUGUUUUGUUUAUAAGGUUUUUACUUGUUAAGACAGAAAACUCAGUAUCUUCUGUGAUGUAGAGACCCACUGCUGAUUCCUUGUGAUCCAAGGUUGGGCCUAAAAAAGGUGCUGGAGGAGACACCCCAUCCUCAACAGAUUGGAGCUGUGCUCUCAGUUGAACAAUACACAGUUCAUAAGAAUGAUACAACUUUUAUUGGGGAUUGGAGGAGGUGCCCUGUCGCGGAUGUCAGAACAUGAAAAGAGAACUCAGUGUAGGCAGAGUAGUCUUCCAGACCCUUCUCGGACAACCUGGGCUCUCUCAGUCUCUGAUCCGCUCAGUAUCCUGAGCUGCUCCUGCGGGUCCUCCUAACUACCCACCCAGCUGCCACCAGUCUGCCCUGUUCACAAGCUCAGAGACACCACACCCCUUGCAGGCCCCAUCUCGUUAAGGCAGUCAAAACUUGCCACCUGGUUCAGUGCUAGUCUUCAUGGCCAUCAGGUAUAAUGCUGAGUUUUGACCCCAUGUGGCCAAACCAGCUCCUAAGUCAUGUGCGUUUGUGGGGUCAUGUCUCCUUAGCCCAGACCCUCACUUUUGCCCUGAGUCAGGGAAGCCCCUGUGCAGUCUCUGGAUACAAAGUGCAAAAACUUGCUUCUCCUGCAUGUGAUUAAAAAAAAAAAA